CUUUACGCCUCCACUCUUGAAGGGAGAAGAUGCCACUGCCAUUUGGGUUGAAACUGAAACGCACCCGGCGCUACACCGUGUCCAGCAAGAGCUGCCUGGUUGCCCGGAUCCAGCUGCUCAAUAACGAGUUUGUGGAGUUCACGCUGUCUGUGGAGAGCACUGGCCAGGAGAGCCUAGAGGCCGUGGCCCAAAGACUGGAGCUGCGGGAGGUCACUUACUUCAGCCUCUGGUACCACAACAAGCAAAAUCAGCGCCGGUGGGUAGAUUUGGAAAAACCUCUGAAGAAGCAGCUGGACAAAUAUGCAUUGGAACCUACCGUUUAUUUUGGAGUGGUAUUUUAUGUGCCUUCGGUGUCACAGCUGCAGCAGGAGAUUACCAGGUAUCAGUAUUAUCUGCAGCUGAAGAAAGAUAUCUUGGAAGGAAACAUUCCUUGUACAUUAGAACAAGCAAUUCAGCUAGCAGGCUUAGCUGUUCAAGCUGAUUUUGGUGACUUCGAUCAGUAUGAAUCCCAGGACUUUCUUCAGAAAUUUGCUUUGUUUCCUGUGGGAUGGUUACAAGAUGAAAAAGUAUUGGAAGAAGCAACCCAAAAAGUGGCCUUACUACAUCAGAAAUACAGAGGGCUCACAGCUCCUGAUGCUGAGAUGCUGUACAUGCAGGAGAUAGAGAGGAUGGAUGGCUACGGAGAGGAGAGCUACCCUGCGAAGGAUAGCCAGGGAAGCGACAUAUCCAUUGGAGCAUGUCUCGAAGGUAUCUUUGUGAAACACAAGAACGGAAGGCCGCCUGUGGUAUUUAGGUGGCAUGAUAUUGCUAACAUGUCCCACAACAAGUCCUUUUUUGCAUUAGAACUAGCAAAUAAAGAGGAGACCAUCCAGUUUCAAACUGAAGAUAUGGAAACAGCAAAAUAUGUGUGGAGACUCUGCGUUGCACGACACAAAUUUUACAGACUAAACCAGUGUAACCUGCAAACUCAGACUGUCCCUGUGAACCCCAUCAGAAGGAGGUCUUCUUCAAGGAUGUCUCUGCCUAAACCUCAGCCCUACGUGAUGCCUCCCCCUCCCCCGCUGCACUAUAAUGGACAUUAUACGGAACCAUAUGCUUCCUCCCAAGAUAACCUCUUUGUGCCCAACCAGAAUGGAUACUAUUGUCACUCUCAGACAAGUCUGGAUAGAGCCCAGAUUGACCUCAACGGUCGGAUCCGUAACGGCAGCGUCUACAGUGCGCACAGCACUAACUCCUUAAAUAACCCACAGUCCUACCUGCAGCCCUCGCCCAUGUCCUCCAACCCCAGCAUCACCGGAAGCGACGUCCUGAGACCCGACUACGUCCCGUCCCAUCGGCACAGUGCCCUGAUACCCCCGUCGUACCGCCCGACCCCAGAUUAUGAGACUGUGAUGAAGCAGCUCAACCGGGGCCUGGUGCACGCGGACCGGCAGAGCCACUCGCUGCGCAACCUCAGCAUCGGCAGCUCCUACGCCUACAGCCGGCCGGACGCCCUGGUCUACAGCCAGCCCGAGAUCCGCGAGCACGCGCACUUCGCGUCGCCGCCGUCGGCGCACUACCCGUUCGCCCUCAAUUACAGCUUCCACAGCCAGUCCCCGUACCCCUACCCCGCCGAGAGGCGGCCCGUGGUGGGCGCGGUCAGCGUGCCCGAGCUGACCAACGUGCAGCUGCAGGCCCAGGACUACCCGGCUGCCAACAUCAUGAAGACCCAGGUGUACCGGCCGCCGCCGCCCUACCCGUACCCCAGGCCCGCCAACAGCACGCCGGACCUGUCGCGCCACCUGUACAUCAGCAGCAGCAACCCCGACCUCAUCACCAGGCGCGUGCACCACUCGGUGCAGACGUUCCAGGAGGACAGCCUGCCGGUGGCGCACUCCCUGCAGGAGGUCAGCGAGCCCCUGACGGCCGCGCGGCGCGCGCAGCUGCACAAGAGGAACAGCAUCGAGGUGGCGGGGCUGGCGCACGGGCUCGAGGGCCUGCGGCUCAAGGAGCGGACCCUGUCGGCGUCGGCGGCCGAGGUGGCUCCGCGCGCGGUCUCGGCCGGCUCGCAGCCGAGCGUGUUCACGGAGAGAAUAAAGCAAGAAGAGCCCGAGGAGCAGGAAGGCUUGAGGUAUGGCCACAAGAAGUCCCUCUCCGACGCCACCAUGCUGAUACACAGCAGCGAGGAGGAGGAGGAGGAUUUCGAGGAGGAGAGCAAAGCGUGCUCCGCGGUCCGGCGGCCCGGAGGCUGCCCCCGGGACCCCGCACCCCCAGCCGGGCCGCUGCACAUCCUGGAGCCGCAGCCGCACGGCCCCGGGCCCGGGGUGCUGGAAGCCCAGCGGCCCAGGAGGGACGGGCUGCUGACGCCCUCCAUGUCGGAGUCGGACCUCACCACGUCGGGGCGGUACCGCGCCAGGAGGGACUCUCCGAAGAAGAGGCCGGUGUCAGACCUCCUCUCGGGCAAGAAGAACGUCGUGGAAGGCCUCCCGCCGCUGGGGGGAAUGAAAAAGACUCGAGUAGACGCAAAAAAAAUUGGUCCUCUUAAAUUGGCUGCCCUAAAUGGACUCUCCCUGUCUCGACUGCCUCUGCCUGAUGAAGGGAAGGAAGUACCUGCCAGAGCAACGAAUGACGAAAGGUGUAAAAUUCUGGAACAACGGUUAGAACAGGGAAUGGUAUUCACAGAAUAUGAAAGAAUUCUUAAAAAACGGCUAGUUGACGGUGAGUGCGCAACAGCACGACUCCCUGAAAAUGCAGAAAGAAAUCGAUUCCAAGAUGUUCUUCCCUAUGAUGAUGCUAGAGUGGAGUUGGUCCCAACUAAAGAAAACAACACUGGUUACAUCAAUGCUUCGCAUAUUAAGGUCUCUGUCAGUGGGAUCGAGUGGGAUUACAUUGCCACACAAGGACCAUUACAGAAUACCUGUCAGGAUUUUUGGCAGAUGGUAUGGGAACAGGGAAUUGCAAUUAUAGCAAUGGUGACAGCAGAAGAGGAGGGUGGAAGGGAGAAGAGCUUUAGGUAUUGGCCACGACUUGGUUCCAGGCACAACACCGUCACCUAUGGAAGGUUCAAGAUCACAACGCGGUUCCGCACAGACUCUGGUUGCUAUGCCACUACAGGCUUGAAAAUGAAGCACCUUCUCACGGGGCAGGAGAGGACAGUGUGGCAUCUGCAGUACACAGAUUGGCCUGAGCAUGGCUGUCCAGAAGACAUCAAGGGGUUUUUGUCAUACCUGGAAGAGAUCCAGUCUGUUCGACGCCAUACAAAUAGCACAAGUGAACCCAAAAGCCCCAACCCUCCGUUGCUGGUCCACUGCAGUGCUGGAGUAGGAAGGACUGGCGUCGUCAUUUUGUCAGAGAUCAUGAUUGCCUGUCUGGAACACAAUGAGGUGCUGGACAUCCCGAGAGUGCUGGACAUGCUGAGGCAGCAGAGGAUGAUGCUGGUGCAGACCCUCUGCCAGUACACGUUUGUGUACAGAGUUCUCAUUCAGUUCCUGAAAAGCUCCAGGCUCAUCUAAGCUCCCACACUUGUUCUGGGGACCUAAUCAUGUGAAGCGUUUACAGCUAAAAAAGAAAAAAGCAGUGCUUGCCUAACUCAUACUUGCCCAAUUCACACUCGCUGCCCCUCGACACUUGAUCAGGCAACGCUACAUCGGGACGUAAAUGGCGCAGUGUGAAUGGCAGCGCACUGAAGGAAAUCUGCAAAGCACGAGGCCGGAGAGGGGGUUUCUGGCCUGGGAGAGGUGCUGAAGGAGGACUUGGUUUCGAGGCCCUUGUCCUGCUCUGGUCUGUCCGAUUUGCAAUACUUGCACACGUUUUGGAGAUUGUAUUUUGUACACAAUUCUCUAUUUUACUGAAGCUAUGCUGGGCAAUUCUGGCAAUCAUUAAAACGCAUAGAUUUCUAUCUUAAACUA